CUUGUCACAGUCUAAAGCUGGCUAACUUCCUGGUCGGGUGUAACUGUUCAUGAGCUUCAGAAGACACACCUCUACUGCAGCUGGAUCACCUGGUGUCCUCCUAGAGUCGUUACCCGUGGAUACUGUGUGUUAGAGAGAUCGAUACAUACCCAGAAGCGUACAUCGUGAACGAUGUUUAUUGGUCUAAGAGUUAUCCGAGGACCUGAUUGGUCAAACAGCGAAUGCGAUGGAGGUGAAGGUCACGUUGGUACGGUGGCGACGUUAGAGGGCGCUGGUGCUGUUGACGUUAUCUGGGACAGUGGUCAGAGAAGCACGUGCAAGGCGGGCAAGGAUGGUCAGCAUGAACUGAGAGUAUUUGACAGUGCUACUGUAGGCAUACGUCACAAGGGUGUCACGUGUUGUGGGUGUGACACCAAGGACUUCUUCGGAACGAAAUGGACGUGCAGUCAGUGCAAGGACGCCAACCUGUGCUUCCUCUGCUACUCCGCGGAUAAACAUGACCUCAGUCACGUGUUUGUGCGUCAUGACUCCCCCGGGGAAAAAGGAACUCAGGUCAAGAAACGCUCCGGAUGUCUGAAGGUCAGAUCUCUUGGACUCUUCCCAGGAGCUCGAGUUGCUCGGGGAGAGGACUGGAAGUGGGAUCAACAAGACGGCGGGUCAGGGAGCAAGGGGAAGAUAACCGAAAUCCCACAAGAACACAGCGUGACCACCAUCAGGAACAUCGCGAAGGUCAAGUGGGAUAACGGCCGCUCCAACAUCUACAGAGUCGGCCACGAGGGAAAGGUGGACAUCAAGUACAUAGAGGAGGGGAUCGGACCGUCCUACUACAGGGACAACAUGGCAGUGUUGGACGUGAGCAGUGUACGGAGGGACAGCGUGGACAGUGCGAGACUAGAAGCCGGAUGUAAAGUCUGUGUCCAGGUGGACAAGGACGGGCUCAAGCAGAUCCAGGCGACCAAAGGAGGGUGGUCAGCAGGCAUGUCACAGUGUAUUGGGAAAAUCGGCAUUAUCAAAGAUAUUCCCAGUCAGGGCAUGGCUAGUGUUGAGUUCGGGAGCAGCAAGUACCGGAUAGCUACAGAGGCACUCAUAAAGGUGCACGACCACACGCUGAACACCGUGGUGCGGGUACUGGGGGACAGGAAGAAGGUGCAACAGCUCCAGGAGGGGCAUGGCGAGUGGAGAUCCAGGAUGGAGCAGGUCUUGGGGAAGGUGGGACGAGUUGUGAGAGUGGACAGUGACGGCGACAUCGUGGUGUCCUUUGGCUCCACCAAGUGGAUCUUUAACCCUGCAUGCCUUGUCCCCGCCCCCGGGGAAAGGGUGGACGAUGUGGAAGCAGGGGGAAGGGAAACUGCUGGACUUGGAGGUUUAGGAGGACCCCUGAUGCAGCUCCUGGCCGGACUCCUGGAUAAACAGAUGAUGGGGAUGAUGGCUGCUGCCAUGGCCGCUCGAGCUGCUGCACCAGGGGCAAACUCGGGUGACCUCUUCAAGGCCAUCCUGGCUGGGGACAAAGAGGCAGUCAAAUCCAUCGUCAAAGCCAACCCCAAAAUGGCUACAGAGCCGAUCAAAGACCUGACUCCACUGAUGAUAGCAUCGCACGAAGGGCAGGUAGACAUUGUUCGAAUCCUUCUCGACAGCGGGGUUGACAUGGAGGCCAAAGGUAAAAAGGGUGUCACGGCCAUUGCAACAGCUAUAAUAGGUGGCAAGGAAGUGGUUGCUCAGCUGUUGAUUGAGAGGGGUGCCGACAUUCACAUGACCCUGAACGAUGGACAGACAACUCUUCACUUGGCUGUACACAAGAACCUGUCGAAGACCCUCAAGCUACUGAUCCAGAAGGGAGCGGAUGUUAAUUCUGUGGAUGGAUCGAUGGACACGCCGCUGCAUGAUGCUAUCGAGGUCAGGAGCAAUGACUGUGUAGAGGUUCUCCUGGGCAGCAGAAACAUCAACCUUCGGCUGUGCAACAAAAGGAGCUUCAACCAUCUUCAUCUGGCCUGUCUGAGAGGCAAUAUUUUCUAUGAUAGUGCUGUAGAGAAGCUCCUGGAGCGAGACCAAUCCCUGGUGGACCUGCUCAUGGCCGGUGAUGGCUACUGUGCCCUACACAUCACUGCAGCCAACGACCAUGUCGAGUGUGCCAGACUCCUUAUCGACAAAGGCAAAGCGGAUGUGAACAGGAAGGGGCAGAAGGGAGACACUCCGUUACACACGGCAGUCAUCAAACCGAACUACCGUGUAACGGAACUACUGCUGGAUAAAAGUGCCGAUGUGAACAGUACCAACGACAAAGGCGACACGCCGCUCCAUAUCCUUUUCGUUCACAGUUCGAGGAAGAAGAAAGAAGCAGGAGAGGCGUCGCUGUCUCCACGUGAUGUUGAAACGUACGUGAAGGUUGCCGAACUACUCCUGAAGCACCAGGCUGCCUACAACCGCAAGAACAACAUAGGCGCUGCUCCGCUCCAGUUGUGUAGCAGCGAGAGGAUAAAGCUCAUCGUCAAAAAUUUCAUACAGAAAAAUCAAGCGUCCCUGAAUGCUGGAUCAGGAAGCUCCCCACAGCAACCACAGGGGAAAGCAGAUGGCCAGAACGCUAUGUCUACCCUGAAAAUGGCCCUGCCCUGCUGUAGAUGCUUCAGCGCCAUCUCGGACAUCACCCUGAAGCCGUGCAACCACAAAGUCCUUUGUCGGUCCUGCUGCACCAAAACCAACCAGUGCCCCAUGUGUAAUACCGCCAUCCAGCAGAGAGAGGCCCCAGUUUCUACAGCUGAAAUGGACCCCGCUGAAUUGUGCAAAAUGCAGUGAUCCCCCCAAGUAGUCUGUGACGUAACAGUGUUUGAAGAUGAAGACGUUUUCAUAUUUUGUAAUUUCACACUUAGAGUUAUUCGCCAGUAUGUGUUGUUUUUGAUACCUGGACACAAUGGGUUGUCUGCAAUUGUCAUUUGAAACUGAUAUUAGAUAUGCAAAACCUGGAGUUUUUGUAUCGUGAGCUUUAUCUGAGAUGAUUUUCGUAUCAGUUUAGACGUUAUUACUUUUUCGAAACUUUAAAACCUUCAACUGUUGUAUUCUAGAGACAUUUACAAGAGAGAUGUAUAUAACACUCGUGUUAAGGUCAUCGUGUCUGACUAGUUUGGAUGUGAAGAAUAGCACACACCAACUGGAUUGAUAGGGACGCCAGAUCUCCUCUGUCACCAUGAAACUAGAGGACUACGUACAAACAACCAUUGUAAUGGCUGUCACAGACAUCACCAGAGAAGUCUUGAUGAAGAGGGAUAUAAACUAAUCCGUGAAAUAUUAUAUUUUGUUUUAUGUGUCACUCACAAAUAAUGUGUACAUUUUCUUUAUAUUGAUGAUAUUAAAUGGGCAAUAUCACAAUAUAUGUAAUGUGGAUUAAAUGUUAAUGAAUCAA